AUGGUACAAAAAAAGAAAAAGUCCAAUCAACAAAAAAAUGUUACCAACUCAUCAGCUGUUGAUGGAUUUAAUUCAUUAAUUUCAUUUUUUGAUACAGGAAAUAAUGAUAAUAAUGAGGAAGAGACCAAAUUUACAGCAUUAUCACAACCAACAUUAGAAGAUAUUGAAAAACCACAAGAAACUCAAAUAGAGAAACCAAAAGUUAUACCAAAGAAACCAAAAAGAAAAAUGAUAAUAGAUCAUCAACCAAAUAACACCAAUACAUUAUCAACCGAAAUAACAAAUAAAGAUACAACAACAAACAUUGAAACCAAUGAUAGUAAUAGUAAUGGUAGUGAAAUUAGCAAAAUUUUAGAUUUUAAAAAAAGAGAAUUAGAAAAUAAAGAAUUGGAUUUAAUGAUCAAAGAAAAAGAAAUUAAAAAACAAAAAAGAGAUAUUAAAGAUGAAAUUGAUAAAAUUAAAAUCUCAUUAAAUAAACAAAAAUUAUUAUUAGAACAAAAUAAAAACUCAACUGUAUCAAUUGCCAUACCAUCAGACUGUUUAAAAGAUAUCGAAAGUGAAGAGAUGAAAACCUAUGUAAUCGAAAUGAUCUCAAGACAGGUCACAAUGAACAAGAUUGAUGAAAUUAUAGUAUAUAAAACCGACGAUUAUGAUGACACUGACAACACACAACAAUCAAACUUAAAUUUACUUUUAAAGAUACUAGAGUACAUUGAAACCCCAUCCUAUUUAAGAGAGGAGCUUUUCAAUACAUUGGACAAAGAUUUCUUUUAUGUAGAUAAAUUAAACAGAUUAAACAGCACUCAAGAAGAAGUCAACGCAGACGAUAAGCUCUACAGAGAGGGUGUAGUUACCGAUCAACAAUUCAGAAAUCAGUCCAUUAUUAGUGUUGGUUUAGAAAAACAAGUAUUAAUUUCAAAGCGUUUAAAUCCAGGUACUCGUGUUACCAUCGAUAUGAAACAAGAAAACUUCACCGAAGAAGAGUUAUCUAAAAUAAUCAAUACAACUGACGAGCAAUAUACUUUAGGUCGUGUUAUUUCACCACAAAACAUUAAAAAAGAAGGUUAUUAUUGGGGUCAUCAUGUUCGUUUGGUAAACUCUAUGGAUGAAAUAGCCUCCACAUGCGAAUAUAAAGACACCAAAACCUAUGACUACUCCAUUUUACUUUCCGAUUUCGGUGAACAAUUCCCCUCCCCAACCGACCCAAUGUUAAACAAUGCCAAGCGUUACAAUCAUCUUUUAAUCAUUUUUGCAAAUAAUCACAAAAAAUUCAAUCCAGCCGACAGAUUAAAUAGUGAAGUUUUAAUUCCAGAUACCCACAUCAAUACACUUUUUAAUUUUAAUAAUGUACCAAUACGUUUUGAAGAAAAUUUAUUUGUAACAUUAUCAAAAUUAAAAAAUAUAUUUUAUUAUUAA